GGCCAAAACGUAUAACCGAGAAUAACCGAGUGCCGCUCUGCCGGUCGGUUUCUACUGCUUCUACAUCAGCAGCUAAAGCUUUAAACGCGUAGUAAUACAACUAGUCCUCGUACUGUUAACAUACACGAAACGGUAGACUCCUCCAUUGCUGUUCUUGUUCUCUGCUCAAGUUUAGUAAGAGUUCGAGUGCGUUUUUUAACGUCGAGUUGUUUUACUGUAUAAAUAUCGUAUUUAAUUAAUAAUUGUUUAACAUUUAAAUAUUCAUUUAAGUCUCAUAUUAUUAUCAAAAUAUUAAAUUAACAGUUUUAAAUAAUAAAGAACGUACUUUUUAUUAUUUUAAAUAAUACAUAUUAACGUAUAUUUUAUUGCGUAGAGAAGUGUGUUGCCAAUUUGCACCGGGAUUUAGAUAAUUAUUUUCUUUGUCAACGUUAUUAUUGACUGUUUCAUCCUUUUGUUGGUUAAAUUUUUCCAGUGAUUUAUUGUGAAUAAUUUAUUAUUACUAAUUCAUUAAUUCGUGGAUUUUUCUUCCAUUUGACUUACAUCAAGUAAUUUUACUAAGCCAACAUGGCUGAUCAAUUAACAGAAGAACAGAUUGCUGAAUUUAAAGAGGCAUUUUCGCUGUUUGACAAAGACGGUGAUGGUACUAUUACAACAAAAGAAUUGGGUACUGUUAUGCGUUCGUUGGGACAAAAUCCAACAGAAGCUGAGUUGCAAGAUAUGAUUAAUGAAGUUGAUGCUGACGGUAACGGAACAAUUGAUUUUCCGGAAUUUUUAACAAUGAUGGCACGUAAAAUGAAGGAUACAGAUAGUGAAGAAGAAAUUAGAGAGGCAUUUAGGGUAUUUGAUAAAGAUGGAAACGGUUUCAUAUCAGCUGCUGAGUUGAGACACGUUAUGACAAAUCUUGGUGAGAAAUUAACUGAUGAAGAAGUCGAUGAAAUGAUAAGAGAAGCAGAUAUCGAUGGCGAUGGUCAAGUUAAUUAUGAAGAAUUCGUCACAAUGAUGACAUCAAAGUGAAUACAACUUACGUGUAUGAAUAAUUUUCAACUUGAAGUGGUAUUGACAUAUUAAGAGAAUUCAAAAAAAUAAAAUAAAAUUUAAAUAACUAAACUAAAACAGAUAAAUAAUGAAUAAUUAUUAUAUUAAAAAAAUGAACAUCUACAGGUGCGAAUUGUUAUGAAGCAGAAAUCUAGCAGUAACUAAAACUACAGCUACAACUACAGUAAAAGUAACAAAAGAAAUAGGAUUUCAAUGAAAUGAAAAGUCUGUCUGUUGGCAAAAAAAGUUUAAUAAUAAUUAAUAAUAAAAAAAAUUUAAAUAAAAUAAAAAUUGAAAUAAAUAAAAGUUGAAAAAAAAUAAAUAAAUAAUAUUAUUAAUUAAUAAUUAUUAAUUUUAAGUAUAAAAAAAAAUGAUGAAACAGAAAUAGCUAUUUUUUUUUGUUUCCUUCUACACGAUUUAAAGUUAUGUUCAUAAACAAUCUAAUAAUUAAUAAUAAUUCUAUUCUUAAUCAAAAAGGAGCCUUUAUUACUUAUCUAAUAAAGAUAAAAAAAAAUUUAUUCCAUUUAAAUUAUUAAUUAUUAUUAUUUAGUAAUUAAACAUACAAUAUUAAUUAAGAACGUUUUUCAUUAGUUUACAAUAGAUAAUUUAAUUUUUUAAAUUGUAAUUAUUAUGACUACUCUUUUAUAUGUAAUUCAGUGGGUUUUUCAACUGUUAGGGAAAUGGAAUUAUUUUUCGGGAAAAAAAUGUGGAAAGAAUUUUGUUUUUCUAUGAAUAGUUAAACGAUUUUUUUUUUUUUUUUUCAUAAUCUGAUUUAUUUUUCUGUCUAAUUUCAAAUAAUUUUCUCACGUUUUUCAUGAUAUUGUUGUUAAUUAUAAAUAAAUAAAUUUGCACGAAUAGAAAUAAAAAACAAUUUUAUUCAUUUUUUUUUGUUUUUUCUUUGUUUUUACUUAACGAAAAAAUUUUUUCUUUUAAUUUAAAAUAUUGUUUUUCAUUUAUUACUCGAUAAAAUAAAUUAUCAGAUGAACUUAAAUACACGCAUUUCGAUAUAAAAAAAUUAAAUUUUAACUACAAUUAAUUAAUCAACAAAAUUAAUUAUUAUCUAGAAUAAAAAAUUAAUAAAAACUACUAAUAGUAAUUAACUAAAUGAAUUAAUGGAAGUAAACAUGAAGAAAGAUAAAUAUAAAUUAACUAACAAAUAAAUAUUUCGUUUAAUAAUUGAUCCAACGAAAUAAAGUUGUGGGUCAAUUGAGAAAAUCAAUAGCGAACGAAAGAAAAUUAAUAACAUAGCAAGAAUUACAAACAAAAAAAUUUUAAUUAAAAUUAGUUAGAUUUUUAAAGCUAUUGGUAUAUAUAUAUAUAUAUAUAUAUAUAUAUAUAUAUAUAUAUAUAUAUAUAUAUAUAUAUAUACGCAUAUUUACAUAUAUGCAUACAUACAUAUAUACGUAUGGAAUUUUUUCCAUAUUAAUUUCCUAAGAUUUAAUUGGCUUUUUUUUAAUUUCGAUAUUUACUCGUUUAUUUUUUUUUUCUUUAUAACUAAUUAUUAAUCAGUAUGUUUAUUGAUUAGUUGCAUUGUGAACAAUGAAUUAAGUAAUUUGAAAAAAAAAAAUUUUUUUGGACUUCAUUGUUUGAUGAGAAUAAUUAUUCAGUGAAGAUUAUGAAUAAAUACUAAAGAAAGUGAGUAAAUAAUGAAGUUCAAGUGAUUAAUUCAAAAUAAAUAAAUGAAAUAAAAUGAGCAUUUAAAGCUCGCUAUCAAUGUCUUAAUACAUUAAAUAAAUAAUUAAUUAAUUGAUAUAUUUAAUAUUUAACAAAAAAAAAAAUAUGGAUAAUAAAUUAAUCCUUUUUACAUUCCCCUUUUUGUCCUGUUCAAAGAAUGGAAAAAAAAUAGUACCAAAAAAUUGAAUUUUCAUUACAAUUAAUAAAUUUAAUUAUUGAAAUAGAAAUUUAUAACCAAUCAUAAACUACCAAAACGCUAUUAAAAAUUUUUAUUUUCAUUUUUCAUUAAUAAUUUAUUCUUUAAUAAAACUUUUUUCCAAAAUAAAAAAAAAAGUUUUUGUUGAUUUCUGGAAAAAACGUUUUUUAUGCAAUAUCAAAAUAGAAAAAAAUUUUUCAAUUUAAGCAAAAGAAAAUAUUUUUCUUAGAAAUUUUCCGAGAAAAAAACUUUUGAAUAAAAAAUUAAACUUGCUUUCGUGAUUUCAUUACUUCUAACAAUAAAAAACUUUGAUAAAAAAAAAAAUAUAUAUAAAAUAAAAUAGAUAACUUUUGAAAUUUAGUGAUUUAGUGCGUGUCGAAACAACUAAAUUACAGAACAAAAUUUAAUGUAAAAAAUUAUUCAGUUUUAAAUUCGAAAAUUAAAUUAAAAAAAUAAAAAAAUAAUAUGAUCAUUCAUGAAAUCAAUGAUUUUAUGAAUUAAAUAAUUACCAUCGUUAAUCGUAUCUCGUCGGUGGUUACGGUCAUAAUUGAAUUCAUUAAAAUAUUAAUAAUUAUUAAAAUAAUGAUAAUUACUAAUAAUCAUAAACUAAAUGAGUAACUAAUCAUAAUAUAUAUGUAAUAUAUAUUAUAUAAAUUAUUGACUUGAGAAGAUAAAUGAAGUGAUAAAAAAACCAUAAUGAGUGGAUUAAUUAAUAAGUAAUGACAUUCACACAGUCCUCUAUUAUUUAAUAUUGAAAAAAAUAAUUAAAUAAAAACGGUAAAUAAAUAUAAAUUAACAAAAA